ACGGUGAGUAACCGAGGACUCCGAGGAUCGGCUCACUCUCUUGGCCGCCUCCGACGAUAACCUCGUGCCGCCCGCAGCAAGAAGCAUCGUCAGAAUCUCCGCCGCUCUCUUCAGUGCACACUUCACACCUCAAUCCUACUAUACACACACACGAUGAUUCCACUCGCCAGACACUCGGUCCUGCGGGCUGCCCGCGCACAGUUCUACCCAUCGCGGGUGUUCAACCAGCCCACGUCCUCGGCUCUUGCCCGCCUCCUCUCGACCCUGGCCGUGCUCGAACAGCGCGAAGGCAAGCUCCAGAACUCGUCGCUUUCGGCCGUCGCUGCCGCACAGAAACUCGGAGGCUCGAUUACGGCGUUUGUGGCCGGUGCUGGGGUGAAGGGCAGCUCUGCUGCCGAGGCGGCUAAGAUUAAGGGUUUGGAGAAGGUGGUGGCGGUGGAUAAUGAAGCUUAUGAGAAGGGUCUGCCUGAGAACUUUGCACCUCUUCUUGUGGAGAACAUUAAGAAGGGCGAAUACACCCAUAUUGUUGCUGGUCACACUGCCUUUGGAAAGAGUCUUUUGCCCCGUGUGGCUGCCUUGUUGGACGUGCAGCAGAUCUCGGACAUUACAGGAAUUGAGAGCGAAGACACUUUCGUCCGCCCCAUCUACGCCGGAAACGCCAUCCUCACCGUCCAGUCGACCGACUCCAUCAAGGUGAUCACCGUCCGAGGAACCGCAUUCCAGGGCACCGAGACCGAGGGCGGAUCCGCCGAGAUCGUCGAAGGAGCAGACCCCAAGGCUCCCUCGCAAACCGAGUGGGUGUCCGAGGAGCUGGCCAAGUCGGAGCGUCCCGACCUGGCCACCGCGCAGCGCGUCGUCUCCGGUGGUCGUGGACUCAAGUCCAAGGAGGAAUUCGACCGAGUCAUCAUGCCCCUGGCCGACUCCCUGGGCGCGGCCAUCGGUGCCUCCCGUGCCGCCGUUGACAGCGGCUUUGCCGACAACAGCUUGCAGGUUGGCCAAACCGGCAAGAACGUUGCUCCCCAGCUGUACCUGUGCGCGGGUAUCUCCGGUGCCAUCCAACAUUUGGCUGGUAUGAAGGACAGCAAGGUCAUUGCUGCUAUUAACAAGGAUGCGGAUGCUCCUAUCUUCCAGGUUGCUGAUGUUGGACUUGUGGGUGACUUGUUUGAAAAGGUGCCCGAGUUGACUGAGAAGCUCAAGCAGUAAAUGAUUGUUAGAUUAUAAGUAUACCAUAUAAGUGAAUUGACUUAUUAAUGAGCGUGCC